UCUUGCAUCCCCACUUGGGCCGAAAUUGUCGCGCGUCGUGCACUUAUAAAUAGUGAGUAUUUGCCUGAUACAGAUCAUUCUGUUUGGGUGCUUACCAUUUGGAAUCAUUGAUUCGAUUUGUGGAUUUUCACACGACAACACCAUGUACACUCUGACAAUUUUGGCCACCGUUGUGUGCGCAGUCUACGCCCAGACACCCAUCUACCCCGGCGCCCCCGGCCCCAUCCCGGCUGCCGCCCCCAUCUACGCCCCCAAGCAGAUUGCCCCCCAGCAGCAGUACCCCUACUACUCCAUCCUGCGUCAGUCCAAUGAUGUCGGAUUCGACGGAAGCUUCAGCUAUGGAUACGAAACUGAGAACGGCAUUUCCGAGUCGGUGAGUGGAGUUCUGAAGAACCCCGGUACUGAGGUGGAAGCCCAGGAGGUGCACGGAUCAUACUCAUACACCGCCCCCGAUGGAACCCCAAUCACCGUCAACUGGGUGGCCGACGAGAACGGUUUCCGCGCCGAGGGAGCCCACAUUCCCCAGGCCAGUCCCGAGAUCCAGAGAUCCAUCGCCUACAACCUCGCUAACGCCGCUCCCGUACAACCCGUCGGACCCGGAAUCGCCCGUCCCGUCGUCGGGCCCAGCCCCGCUCCUUUCCGCUACCCAACUCCCAUCCCUCAGAGGCGGUGAAGGGAUCACGGAACUGGAGGCUAUCAUUCCCUUCCGUACCCGGCAAUUUUCUCGCUGAAGGGAUUACGGAACUGGGGGUGAUCGCUCAGUCCCGUCCGUCCGCUCACGUCCGCUCGAAGAAGAUGAAGGGAUUACGGAGCUGAAGGUCAUCGCUCAGUACCGUUCGUCCGCUCGAAGAAGAUGAAGGGAUUACGGAACUGGGAAUGAUACCGGGACUAGGAACUAGGAAACUGUUUUUGGACGCUACUGAAAUAUUUAGGAACGGAAGAGUGGUUGAGUAAACAUGAUUGGAAAAGCAACUGUUUGAAAAAAGUGUGUUUCAAAGUACUUGUUUGCACAAGUAUGUUGCAUUAUCAUGUUUGAGAAAUCAUGGUUGUAUAUUGAAUUUAUCAUGUUUGGAAAAUCAUGGUUGUAUAAGAAUCAUCAUGAUUGGACAAUCAUUUUUUGAAAUGUUCGAAAAUAAGUAUCGUAACCAGAAAAACAUGUUUGACAGUCAUGUUUAUUCAACCAUAUUUGACUAGUAAUUGUACAUUGUUUCAAUUUCACAUUGCUUGACUCAAAUUGAGUUAAUUAUAUCUGUAGAGUAAUAAAAAUGUCUUACCAAUUUUGAAUACCGUAAAAUAAAGUCUACCUAUUCGUUGUCGUGAA